AUGCAGCAGGUGCCGCGACUUGUAAAGGACACCUAUGGUCACAACGUGAUCCGGGCGGUACUGUCCUACGGAGAGGUGGAGCAUCAGCGGGCCAUCAUCAGACAUGUGAUCAGCAAUGUCCUCGAGUCCGCGAGAAAUCGGCAGUCCAGCUUGGUACUGGAGAAGUGCCUGGACAUCGCCACGGGAGAAUUGGUGGAGGAGCGGAUGCUGUUGAUGGCAGAGCUGCUGUGGGGCGAAGGCCCGCCGCUCCUGGAGAUCAUGCUAGACCGCUUCGGCAACUAUAUUGCGCAGAGGGUGAUCCAAAUGAGCUGGGGUGCAGAAGAGCAGCGACUACAGGAAAUCCUGGAAAGUGUGAAGCCCAGACUUCGGCAAAGUACGAAUGGCAAAAGGAUUCUGCAGGCAGCGCGGCGGAAGUUUGGAAUGUGA